AUGACAAAGCCACUCAGCCACGCCAAGAUCGCCCUCCGCCGCUCCAGCGAGCGCGGAUACGCCGAACACGGCGGCUGGCUCAAAUCAUUCCACACGUUCAGCUUUGCUAGCUACUACGAUCCCCGCUUCCAAAACUUCGGAAGUCUCCGAGUCCUCAACGAAGACCGCGUCGCAGCGCGGAAUGGCUUCCCGACUCAUCCCCACAGAGAUGCCGAGAUCUUCAGUUACAUCCUUAACGGCGAGCUUACGCACCGCGACAGCAUGAUCAAAAAAGGCUCCGAGGGAGCCCAGGGGAAAGAAUUUUAUCGUAUGAAGCGCGGUGACGUGCAAUUCACUACUGGUGGAACUGGAAUCGCUCAUUCGGAACAGAAUGAGUCUAGCAAGCCGGUGCAUUUUCUUCAGAUAUGGGCGCUACCUUGGAAACACGGCCUCAAGCCUCAGUAUCACACUAUGACUUUUAGUGAGGAGACUAAGCGCAAGGCGUUCGUGCCUAUCCUGUCGCCUCUCGCGGCGGGGCCUGAGGCUACCCCCGCACAAGAAGCUGCUGCUAUACCCAAGAUUCCAGAUACUAUUCCCAUCCAUGCGGACUUCGUCAUGGGUGCUGGAAUUAUUGCGCCGAACUCGACUUUCAAGUGGAAUGUUGGUGCUGGAGAGGUAAUCAGCUCGAAGAAGAAGCGCAAUGUUUAUAUUCAUCUUCCUAUGACCAAGAACGGCCUGAUGAAGAUUAAACUUGACAGUCGCGAGGAUGCUAUCUUGGAAGAAGGGGAUGGUGCUUUUAUCACAGGUGUCAAUGCUGGUGAUACGCUCAGUGUGGAGAGUAUUGGCGAUGUGGAGGCGGAGGUUAUUGUUCUGGACAGCGACUAG